AUGGCGGAUAGGCCGAGUGUCUCGGAUCUAGCAAGCAUCGCGAAGAAAGAACCCCAGAAUCUACAGCUUCAUGCUGAUAAAGUUGUGCAUCUCGAGUUCUUCGCUGGUGAUGCCGCUCAUCACAAGCUAUUCCGAGGUGUGAGGUUUUCCAAGUUGGAAGAUCUCAAUUUGGAUGCAUCGGAUGAUAAUAACGAUGAAUCGCUCGAGCCGUAUCUCGGACCUAGCUUGAAGACCUUGCUUUUCUUCGGAGGUCCGAUCUCAGAUGCAUUUCUCGAAAAGCUACAGAAAUCUUGCCCGCAUCUCGAGGAGCUACUCAUUGAUAAUCCGCGCGAUCUCAUUUCUCCCGAGGGAUUCCUGCGAUUUCUCAACGGCGCACGGUCUCUGAAGCGAUUAACAGUCAUGUACGGCCUGGAACGAGUUCUCACCGAUUCCGUCUUCAUCGCGCUCGCCACGAGACCCGGCCUUGAAGUUUUCAAGCCGCGGAAACUAAUCACUUCGAAUCUCGUAUCAAAGGUCGUUGUCGUCGACGACGAUCAUCGCGGCGGUGCCAAGCGACGGCUCUUCCCGCACCUCCGCAAGCUGACUUGCGCCGGGGACGCUGACGGGAUCGUAGGAUUGCUGCCGCACCUCUCAGAGCUGACUCAUCUGGAGGCGAGCAUCGAGGGUAGCAAUAGCGGUAACAGCGACAGCGAUGAGGAUCCCUCAGAAAAUGAAGCACGAGACUUAUUACUGAAUAUCAACAGACACUGUCGCAAGUUACGAUCGUUAAAGUUGGGAUAUUCGCAAACUGACAAAAAUGAAAUUGCAAUAUCGUCGGAAUCGCUCGUUAAGCUGACGCAAGGGAUGGAAUGGCUAGAAGAAUUGUCCAUCUCCAAUGAAAAGGUGAAAGUGGAAGGAUUUAACGACUCGCACUUCGUCAGCAUGGUCCGGACCCUUCCGCGCUUGGAGAAGCUGCAGCUAUCGUUCGACUGCGAUCUCACGGAGGCCGCGUUGAUCCAAUUGUUGCAGGUAGACGAGCGAGCUGGUAAGAAUCUGGCCGAGCUGGAAAUCUGGGGGUGUUACACUCUCAAUAUCCCUCUCCGCGAUCUAACGGGGUGCGAUGCUGCGUUACCCAAGCUACAGUCCCUUGUACUCGGAAUGCUCAUCAUGCCGUCCCCCGCAUCCGAUCCGAAGACCUCGGAGGUCGUUGAAGCUGCUCGGCUUCUAACGAUGCUUGCUCCUAACUUAGAAGAGUUCGAUGUUGUGCUCGAUAACGCGUUUAGCGACAUGGUUCACAAGCAGCUAACUACGGCACCUACAUAG